AGAUUAAUGUGAAGUGACUUGAGUUUUAACUUGGAAUAUCGCGGAUUGGAUUGUGUUCACUUCCUCGUAAUUUUGCGGUCCGUUUAAAGAACCGUAAGUUAUUUUAAAUGCUAAUUUCAAGAUAAACGAAUUCGAAAAAAGUGCAACGAUGUCAGUAUCAAGGAGCUAGCUAAUCUUCACGAUUUAACAAAAAGCAAACUCUUUGAAGAUGCAACGAAAAUAACAACGCAGAUACGCAAGUUCGACAACGCGCAAGAAAUGCUUCGUUUAUCGCGGCAGAAAUACAUCCGAUCGAAAUCGAUCUACAUGUUGAAGACUGAGAAUUGUCAAUAUAAUCGCGUUGCCUCUAUUGUAGCAGUUUUUGUCGGGGAGACAUAAAUCUUUUCUCUUUUGUUGAAAGAUCCAUCAAAUUUUUAACCAUUUUCAUGGUCUACGGAUCGCGCAGAGUCACGGAGUCAGCAACCACGGGAAUUGCUUGGCUUCACAAUAUUACUGCUCAAGGCGAGAUGAGCAGCAGCGGUGGAUUCGGCGUCGGCGUAGGCGUCGCCGGCGGACCAACCCUCGCAGCCGCUCAGCAGGGCCAAGGGGUGGCUGCCCUCCUAGUGAUGCUUGCCGUUCUCUGCUUUAUUUUUGCUUACUGCUGCUGGGGCGCUCCCUUCUGCCGGUCUCUAUGUAGACGACAUUGUUGUUGUCGUUUGGAGGACCCUGAACCAGAUGCGCGGUUCAGCGGCAGCGAUCAAGCGAUGGUUGCAACGCCGACGAUUAUUCUCUUGCCGCAUGGCAGAAUGCUCGUUGUCGACGGUACAAUCUUCACACAGUUCCAGGCCGAUCCUACAGGUUUAGAUUUAGUGGAAUUAGGCGAUAGUGUGUUGCGCGCUCAGAGAAAUCCACGAAGCGUGAAUCGUCACCAGUUACAAAGUAGUCAGGGUAGCAUCCUCGAAAUGGACGCCGAGACACCCAGUAAGGAUAGUUUGGGCUCUGUAGGAUGUUUUCCGCCUCCUACUUAUGAGAGUAUUUAUGGUAAAGAGGAGAGCGAUAUGCCUCCCUCUUAUUCUGACAUUCUUUUACACAGAUUCGCUAAUUUGCCGCACGAAAUCGAUAUGCGCGGUUACUGUCGUGACAGUAAAGAGGAGAUCGAAAUGCAGAGCUUAGACAGUUGUCCACAUAUCAUCGGUAAUCCGCUGAACUCGGUACCUGGGUAUCAUCCUUACGCCACGGUGACGAGCCUAUCCAGUUUACAAAGCUAUCCACGACGGAAUGUCUCACGCAAUCCGUCCAUCAUCAGCAACCCGUUGGACAACUUUUAUGUGGAUAACGAGCUUGGCCUGUAUCGGCUCAGUCGAGAAACGAUGCCACGUGUCUCUAGUAAUGAUACAAAUCUUGAGACUUUCCACGCAUCCCAUGACGAAGUGUCGUUCCGCGUUCCGCUCGAUGAGAACGAAAACCACCGGCAUGCCGGUCGUAAUAAUCAUCAGGUCGUCGGUAAUGAGCUGAUGAAUACGAGAAACCGUGCUCGCAGCGUCUCCAGGCUAAGCCAAGACAGUCGCAGGAGUUCACUGAACCGAGACGGAGAUCAACAUCAGGUCUUUGUCAGAUUGCCCGACCCCGAGGAGGUCGAAACUGUUGCACGAGAUAGAUGUGUCGAUGAAGAUCAGCGAUCACCUCGGAUGUAUCGGGAAGAUCAAAGCGCCAGGAACUCAUGCCUGGAUCAUUCACAAUUGCAAGACGAAGUCAAUCGUAAUGUCGUUGACAACGAUCCUAGAUAUUUUGCAAGGAACAGAUUGGAAAAUGAAGACAGAAGUCGGGACGAAGCCGAAGGAGUUCAAUUUCCUGACGAAGAAGCUGGUAAUUUUGGCGCACUCGCUGAUAUUCGUGAGAGCAGAGUGAACGCGCGACGACGCGCGUCCCACAAAAUGGCAAGACAAAGUCGUGUGGGUUUCGCGCUCCUCUGUCUGGUGUGUUUUCUCAUGCAGACGGUGCGAACGAAUUCGUUCAACUAUGACGAUUCGGUACACGGAGUGCCAGUAACGUUAUGGUUGAAAGCGUUGAGAGCCUUGAAUAAACACUCGCCCACGCAUCACCGGUACAGCAGAGGCGAGAUGAUAAGUGUGCAGGAAUUGGAGGAGCCACCUUUUAAGCUAUAUAAGUUUACAUUUUAUAUGAACCCAAUAUGUGGAAUGGAAUCUUGUCCCAGGGAGGCCUGUACAAUCGAUGUGAAACAAAAAGGCGAUAUAGUAGAUGACGACAAUAUAGAAGCACUGAACGAUUCUAUUCAAUGCAUGUACUUUUAUACAGCCGAAGCACAGAAUGAUACGUCGCAGGAACAGCAGAGUUAUCAGGAGCAGGAAGAUUCUCAGAUCACUCAGGAGAACGUGACUGAACAACAGGCAAAUAAUAAUCGAAGCAUCGAAUUGGAUCAUGAGAUUCAAGAAACUGGAGACGAAAACAUCAGACCAUUUAUUGCUAUGCCUGCUUCCGGUAACAACUACUGUCCAGGCUGUCCAUAUGAGUUGAAUCCGAAUCUUCCGAGUCUUUUAGUCUUUGCCGAGCAAGCAUUAAAAUCGAUAGACGAACAGACUGCGAAUGAUUACAAACACAAACUGAUGAGCAUCGUAAAGGUCACUCGCUCAGUACCAGUCUCUUCCAAUAUGAUACAAUAUCAACUGUUGCUAUUGAUAGGCGAGUCGGAGUGUCUGAAGAAUGCCCUGGAACAAGAGCAGGAAUGUCCGUUGCGAGCGACCAAUUCGAUCAAGCUGUGCUCGGUUACAUUUGAGCAACGACCGUGGCUACCGACAUCUCUUAAGAUCAUCAGGAAUAAUUGUACGGACGCGGAAAAUCCUCACUCCAACACUAGCGAUCAAUCUCAACAGCCGGAGAGUCAGCCUCUAGUUACGGUCAAAUAUAAUGAAAGACAAUCAUCCCAUACUGAGGUAGCUGACGCCUACGAAGGCUUGAAAAAUAUGCUCGACAAUUACACCCACACAUCAUCGACGCCCUCGAAACAAUCCGAGGAAGCUAUUGUGACUGAAUCUAUGAACGUAAAAAUAGUGCUGAACAGAAGCCAGGAUGACGAGAAAAUUGUGAGUUUUACAGACAAAGCAAGGGAAUUCGGAGAAUUUUUAGAGCAUUUUGAUUUGCCCCUUAAAAUGGAAGAUGCUGUAGCCGAUAUGCGCGAAGCUGUUAAGGAGGAGAAGUUUCAGCGAAAAAAGAUUUCUGUAGAAGAUUUAAAUGUCGAGAAGAUUAAUGGUGAAACGGAUGUCGUUAAUAGAAGGAAACGAUCAACGACAGAAAGAACGUUGGUCGGUGGAACCAUAACGACGUCUGUAAAUGAUCCAGAAGUUCAGCUUUAUGCCAAUAAAGCGCUGCGCAAAGUUUCCGAGGAAUCGGACGGGCCGAAUGAGCCAUUUAUAGUGGAAAUCAUCGAGGCAAGCGUUCAGGUAGUCGCCGGUAAGCUUUAUAAAAUAAAAGCCAAAUUAGGCACAAGUGAUUGCCCGAAGGGCACCAAAACCAACUGCCAAUUGCAGGCUGGAAGCGAAGUGAAAGAAUGUCUAAUAACGGUAUGGUCACGACCGUGGAUCGAUCACGGUUCACCUGAAAUAACAAUCACAUGUCCUCCAUCGCCGACAAACAGAAAGAAGCGAUCUCUGCGUGGCGCUUAUUACAACCAAAAGAUGCUGCAGAUCGCUGAGGAUGUGAGGAGCGAGCAGUUAUUUAAUAACUUCGUAGUAACCUACAAUCGAACGUAUUCCACACCGGAGGAGAGAAAUCUACGAUUGAGAAUAUUCCGCGAGAAUCUUGGUAUUAUACAAUUAUUACGUAAAACCGAGCGAGGAACUGCUCAUUACGACGUCAACAUGUUCGCAGACAUGUCACCUGAAGAAUUUCGAUCGCGUUAUCUUGGCCUGCGACCGGAUCUGCGAUCAGAGAAUGAUAUUCCUCUACGUGAAGCCGAGAUCCCAGACGUCGAGUUACCACCUAAAUUCGAUUGGCGAGAGAAAAGCGUUGUGACUCCGGUGAAAGAUCAGGGCAUGUGUGGCUCCUGUUGGGCCUUUUCGGUCACGGGCAACAUCGAAGGCCAGUACGCGAUCAAGCACGGCCGAUUGUUAUCUCUAUCCGAGCAGGAACUCGUUGACUGCGACGAUUUAGACGAAGGCUGCAAUGGUGGUCUACCGGAUAAUGCAUAUAGGGCCAUCGAGAAACUAGGUGGUCUCGAAUUGGAGUCGGACUAUCCGUAUGAGGCAGAGAACGAAAAGUGUCAUUUUAAGAAAAAUUUAGCCAAGGUACAACUGGCUUCUGCUGUCAACAUAACGUCGAACGAGACGCAAAUGGCGCAAUGGCUAGUGCAAAACGGUCCAAUCUCUAUUGGUAUUAAUGCAAAUGCCAUGCAGUUUUACGUCGGUGGUGUAUCGCAUCCGUUUAAAUUCCUCUGCAAUCCCAAGAAUUUGGACCAUGGCGUACUCAUCGUAGGAUAUGGUACAAGCGAUUAUCCACUUUUCCAUAAAAAGCUGCCAUAUUGGACUAUCAAAAAUAGCUGGGGAAAACGUUGGGGCGAACAAGGAUACUACAGAGUUUAUCGCGGAGAUGGCACUUGUGGACUUAAUACGAUGGCCACAAGCGCUGUGGUCGUUUAAUACUGAAAUUACAU